AUGUCAGAAUCAGACAGUCCGUUCGUAGGACUUUCUUCAUUAAACCUACCAGAUAUCGAAAAUGAUAAAGGUUUCAAACCAAAUCUUGACGUUAUUAUACAAAAGAUAUCUCAAAUUUUCAAUAAAACGUGCGUAAAAGUUGAAUUGAUUGAACAAGAUUCCGGAUAUCGAAUACCCUUCUUGAUAGAAUUGGAAGACGGAGGAGAAUACAUCUUAUAUGUGAUUAACCCGACACUUUCAAUCAUUGAUAAAUAUCCAAAAGAUUUGUUAAUCGAUAUGAUGCGGAGUGAAAUCGGUACCAUAAAUUACCUCGAUAAAUAUACAAACAUUCCGGUACCAAGGGUUUAUCAUUGGAAUCUUGAAAAGGAGAAUGAAAUAGGGGCACCUUUCAUGAUCGUUAAAAAAUUAUUCGGAAAUAAUCUCGAUCAAGAAUGGAGUACGUUAACCUUUGAACAGAAAUGUGAGUUCAUAAAUCAUUACCUUGACAUUUUAGGUUCCCUUGGUGAAGUUAGACAAGAUCAGAUCGGGAGCUUGUAUUUAGAUGAGGAAAACUAUCAAAUCGGAAAGUUGGUCAUCGAUAAUUAUGUUAACCUUGGUAGAUCAUCCUUUAAAGACGAGGUUAAUCGUGGUCCAUUUCAUUCAACAAAAGAGUUUUUAAAUGCCGCGAUCGAACUAGAAAUAAUUUUGUAUAAUAAAUGUGAUUGGGGAGAUGAAUGUAAAGAAUUAUGGGUUCCGAUACAAGAAAAAAUGUUGGAAAAUUUUCACACCUAUUGGAAGGAUGAUCCGAAUUAUGAUUUUAAUUCCUUCGUAUUAUGUCCACCAUUAUUAGAGGAUCCGAGUAAAAUUCUAAUUGAUAAAGUUGAUGGGAAAGUUCGGAUCACGGGAUUCCUUGAAUGGAAACAUACGGGAUUUUUACCCAAAGAUUACCUCUUUAAUAAAUAUCCUCACAUCAUCAUAAAUCGUCAAGAAUAUAAAUAUUCGGAAGAGAAAACGAGUGAAAAUCUUCUGUUACAAGAACAUUUUGAUAAUCAGAUCAUAAAAAGGUACCCUCAAUUUAAAAAGGAUGAGAUAAGAAUUUUAUUCUUUGAUACCAUCAUCGAAAAUUUCGAUAGGAUUUGGUGUACCAUUGAUGCUCUUAGAAGAAUACACGAUUACUUUAAUAUUGAAAUGAAGGAAGAAUGGUUGAUUUCUGAUGAUUAUUUCAAGAGAUGGUUUAAAGAAAAUUAUUCUUUUUCUGACGAAGAAUGUAACAGAUUAGUUGAUGAUAGGGCAUGGAAAGAUACCAAUCCAUUUAAUACGGAGGGUUCUACGCCUCCUCACCUUCCAGCCAGCGUAUAUCAACCAAAUCCAUUUCCUAUAAACCCAGCGGAAGGUAAUCCUUGGGCAGGCACAACGAACGAACAACCUUAUCAAAGUCCUCCACAGCAAGGACAUGUUAAUGCUUAUGAUAACACAUCAUCUUCAUAUGGACACAGUUAUAAUACUUCGGAUCAGUCCAAUUAUUCUACAUACACCAUGCAAAUGCCAACCCCGUCUGUAAAUUAUAACAUAAAUAAUUCAUCUCCUUACGGUUAUUCCAAUUCUGCUUAUAAUCAGAACGCCUAUGCACCAACUUAUGAUACCAAUGCUUAUAGCACAAAUGCAUAUAAUCCUAAUCCUAAUGAAUACAGUAAUACAAAUGUUAAUCAUGGUGUUGAUGCUUCUGAGCAUGACGGUCAUGUUAAAAGUGAACGAGAAGACUCGUAUGAUGAAAAUACUACCGAAUUGGAUGGUUCUGUCACGGCUGCCAAUCCUGGAAUAGAAACUCAUGAUCCUGACAAAUUGAAUAUUUCCAACGGUACAAUUAAAGCAUCUUUGAAUGGCACUCCUAAUAAAUGGAGACUUUUAUCUAGGUUUAUUCAAUUUAUUGCUAGCGUUGGCGCCUUGGCGUUUAUCAUUGGAGCUCCCGUCGCUUCUCAUGUAUCAACGCCGAGUACAGCCAAUAACACAGCAAUCAUUUUCCUUCACAUCGUUUCAAUCGUUUCGAUUAUUUAUUCAUUCAGUCAUUUGGUAUUUUAUUGUCUGCGUCGUUGGCGUCAUAAAAAUAAGGCACCAAGAUGGUCAUUAUUGCUUGUCGAUAUCGUACUUGGGGUAAGUUUUGGCACUUUAAUGGUAUUUCUAAUUAAAGAUUUUCGAUGCUCUCCUGGAAAGUUGAAUGGAUGGUAUGUUACAACAUUUAAAUUACAAGUGUGA